AUGGCAAACAAGGAUGAACUAGUACAACUAGCGAAAUUAGCUGAACAAGCUGAACGAUAUACUGAUAUGGUAAUUGCUAUGAAAAAGGUUGUUAAAUUCAAUGAUGAAUUGACGACUGAAGAACGCGAUUUGCUCUUAAUUGCCUACAAACAUACAGUUAGUGCUUGUCGAUUAUCUUGGCGAAUUAUAUCAAUCAUUGAACAGAAAGGCAGCGGCUCCGAACGUCAACGAAAAAUGACUAAAGAAUAUCGAGAAAAGAUUGAAAACGAAUUGAAAGAUAUAUGUCAAGAACUUUGUAUAUUACUUGAUAAAUAUCUCAUUCCAAAAGCAACAACUACUGAAUCGAAGAUAGUCUAUUUAAAGACGAAAGGUGAUUAUUAUCGAUAUUUGACUGAAGUCACCACUGGUAGCGAACGGCAAAAAUUCGCUGGAGAAUCAGGACAUGCCUAUACGAAUGCCUUUGAUAUCGCCAAAAAUCAAAUGUCAGUAACACAUCCAAUUCGACUUGGUCUUGCUCAGAGUUUUUCCGUUUUUUUCUACGAAAUUCUCAAUAAUACAGAUGCUGCUUGUCGUAUAGCCAUACAGGCCCUCGACGAGGCUUUGACCGGAUCAGAUUCUCUUGAAGAUGAUUCCUAUAGAGACAGCAUUAUAAUCAUGCAGUCACUCCGAGACAAUCUCAUUGCAUGGACUGAUAAUUCAUCUGAUGUCAGCAAUACGAAUCAAUCGAAAGAACAAUAA